AUGAUCGUGGCCGAAUUUCUCGAGGAUUUUCGUGUGCCCAAACAUGGAUAUUGUGAAUUCCGUAAAACUAAAAUUUUGCAGUAUGACAGGGCAGCAUUAUUUGAUGACUUUACUUUUAUAUUAGAAGAUGAAUAUAAUUAUGUACCAUUUAAAGUAACAGAUAAUACUUUUGCGGUAGAAAUAAAACCAAAACAAGGUUGGAGACCUUUCAGUGAAAGACAUUUUCCAAAGUGCGUGUUCUGUAUGAAUCAGUAUUUAAAGAUGGAAAAGAAACAAAUACAACAACUUAGCAUGUACUGCCCUGAAGAUUUGUUUUCUGGGCAACCAGAACAAAUGAGAAGAGCUAUUAAGUCAUUAAUUGAAGUUCCUCAAAAUAAUUUUAAAAUAUUUAAAAAUGGCAUUUUGUGUUAUGGUGAUAGGAUAAAAACAUUAUUUAAUGAAAUUAUUCCAGACAUAUUUGAAACUUCUGAGGAACCUGAGAGGUAAAGAAUUCUACCAAUAAUAUAAAUUAACCUAAAAGUAACUUGUAAUCAUAGAUACAUAAAAAUCAGUGUCUAUUAAAGUAUAGCUUACUAAUUAUUAAUGUGGUACCGCAUGUUGUCUCAAUAGAGCAAUAAAGAUGGCUAUGGACGAAAAGCCAUAUAAUAUCUGUAUUUUAACCACUGCCACUUAUUCUCACCGACAUUUCCUAGAAGACAUAUAGCAGGGUGAUUCUAAAAUAUGUAGCCACACUUAAUGGGCGGAAACUGGA